AUGACGCUAUCAUGCCAUCCCGAGAACCAAGCAUUCAUGCUGCGCUUCCAGGAUAUGCGUGACACUGCUAGGAGUCGAGGGCAAACGAAUCUGGUCCGAUCAUAUGGGAAGAUCAUCAGAGCUAUAACGAAAUACCCGAUGCCCAUCACCAGUGGUUGGCAGGCUGAGCAGCUCGACGGUGUCGGCAGUACCUUCGCGCAGGUUUUCGCCCAAUUGAUCACCGAAAGGGAAGCGUCUACGUCUCCGAGGAGGUCAUCGUUGACGUGGCGGGAUACGGUGAAGAGCCGUGCAGAGAAGUUCCAACGGAAUGCACCAACUGCUACAUUCGCAGUUCACGAAGACAUCGAAAUGCCGGCUAUCACUUCGAAGCUUCGCCAAAAGGAGUACCGUCCUGCGAAUGGUAGCAUUCAAUGGUGUAUCUUACUCGCUCUGCAGCUGUGUCACGACAGACUACCAAUAGAGUCCCGGGAGGGGCUCACUCGGAAGCAACUUAGUGGCUGCUCUAAGGAGAAGGAAUACACCCUCACACAGACUGGCGAGCUUCUCGGCCAACGGAUAUUAGCAUCUGUUGAGUUCCCUCUAGCAGCGCUGAGCUCCAUACGGUGCAGCGCAACAGGGAGUGAAUCCACCCAGACCAGGAAGCGGCGACGACUUUCCUACACGGGAGCCCCCGUGCCUGAGAGCGAUCUUGCCCAAUAUCGUUACCCCGGCAGCCAACAACUCUCCACCAUUCCGGAGCCGCUACCCCUCGCUCGUGCAAUGCCAGGCUCGUGGGAGGCGGUUUUCCUCGUUGAUGUCCGCGAGAGUGCUCUGCUUAAAGAGCUGUUAGCCCUCGGGAUACGGGCUGAGGCUCGGAGCCUUCCUAUAACCGAUUUCUUAUGGGUGAGGGAGAGCAAAAACCAAUGCUAUGAGCGUUCGCCGACUCAGCUUAUGCGGCGAUCGAGUGAUGGCAAGGAGCUUCUUCUCGGAGUCGGCGGCGAACGCAAGACGUGGCAAGAUCUGAGUGCUUCAAUUAUUGACGGGCGUUAUGAUGAACAGAAAUACCGCCUGGCAUCAAAGUAA